GUGAGGAAAGAGUGGUGAGCAAAACCUGGUACUUCUCCUGAUCAAGUGUAGAAUUGCGAUUCUGGAGAGGGAUUUUUGUGCGUCCCGUCACGUCGAGAGCUAGUGGGAUUUUUAUCUCUUCUGCUGUGCACGUGUUAUUAAGGAAAUAGGGAUUAGACGAAGAUAAGGCGAUAUUGGAGGUGUGUGGUGCAUUUUGUGGGUUAAGAGAGUCGUUGAGAUCUGAAGGAAAUUAACAGAUAAGUUCAUAUGAACUGAAGUGAAGAAGGAACGAUUUCGCAAUCAUCGACUUGAAUGAGAAAUGAUCAGAGAUCCGCCGCUUGCAGCGUGCAUUGUUGAGCAGCUCCUCUUCCUAUUCGUUACAUCAGUUCCAGCUAUUUGCUACCGCGCUCACAUUCCUCUGAGGAUCAAUAUGCUUCAUAUUCCAACGUCAAUAGUCACAGGAGACGACGUGAAGCUGCGCUGCGGAUACGAGCUAGGAAAUGAGACGCUUUACGCAGUGAAGUGGUACAAGAACAUGGGAGAAUUCUACCGAUAUGUGCCAGCCUCCAAUCCGCCUCUAAAGAUAUUCCCACAAGUAGGAAUUGACGUAGAUAUGGAUAAAUCAGAUCACAACACUGUUUACCUUCGAAAUCUCAGCCUGGAAAGCUUUGGAAACUACACCUGCCAAGUCUCAACGGACAGACCUUUCUUCCGAUGUGUACAGACAACUCGACAUUUGGAAGUUCUCGUUCCCCCUUCUGAUGGCCCUAUUUUGAUGGAAGAGAAGUCUGAUUAUGAGUUGGGAGAUAAUGUGUCAAUUUUGUGCAAUUCAGGAAAAUCCAAGCCAGCUCCAGAGCUGAAGUGGUACAUAAAUGACCAGUUGGCUCAUUCAGAACUAUCUGACCAAGAGACUGUAGUCUAUCCGGACCAAUUGGAAAGUACAAGUCUAGCACUUAGAUUUCGCCUUAAACCAGAUGUUCUGCAUAAUGGAAAAGUUGUCUUGAAAUGUGUAGCUUCUAUCAAUCACAUGCAUUCUAUGACAGUCAAGGAGAUAAGAGCUUCAGGAGCUGAGCAAAGGGAACUCAGUACUUUUUUGCUUGCACUGGUCAUUUUAAUUAUAGUUAUUCAAAUCAAAACAAAGUGCACCAAACAUCCAUUGUGAGCUCCAAUACACGUAAUAAAUAUUAUCCUGUUAACAGACUCUAUAGGAUAAAGUCCGUUAAUUCAUUAUUUUAAAGAAAGAAGAUCAAGCCAAUAAAAGAAAGGGAGCAGCGAAAAUAAUAUGAGUGUAAUUGUCAAGUGUGCCUUCUUUGCUUGUUCCCAAUUCCAUCCUGAUGUUUUCCACUUAUGAAGAAACUUCCACUGGAAAUGUCCGGUUAAUGAAUGAGAAAAUUUGACUGAAGUGUAAAUAAGUUUGUUUUUUGUUAUUUUGUCCCCGAGUGCUUUAUGUAAUUACCGGAUACGAAAGUCUUGCCUUUUAAAAUGUUUUUUUCUGAUUUUUCUUCUUAAUAAUUCUUCAUCAAGAGUUUAAUCUAAAGUUAUUUUGAAGUAUGGUUUGAAGAAAUGAGCAUUGUAAUCUUGUGCGAUAAUACAUUGUAGCAUUUUAGAAAGUAUUACAUUGUAAUAUUGUGCUCUGUUGCGCAAAACCAAAGAUUUUCGUUUAUCAUUUCCAAAGAUUUUUAUAAAGUCAAAGAUUUUCAUUUGUGAUUUUUAAAGAAUUUCAUAAAAUCAAAGGUUUUUAUUUAAAUGUAUGAAAGAUGAAUCUUGUUAUUAUGUUCUUGUUUUGAAGGUUAACUAUUUAUAUCGUAAUCAACCGCAUUUAUUGCUAUGGAAUAUAUUUUGCCAGUCUGGAAGAGGUAAUUACAUUUUUCUGUUUCUCUUAAAGUUAUUUUUUCUUUUUUUCAUGAUAUAAGUAAGA